AUGGCUCAACUGCAUCUUGACCCCCAAGUGGACGACUCCCGCACCGUGAGCAGCACUGCAAUGGCUCAAACAUGUCUUCAGAUGCGUGCCAAAUGCUGUGACUAUGGAGAGCACAUGGAUUUCCGCAGUAUUCUAGUGUCAUUCUUUUUGCACGUGUAUCAUGCAAAGGUCAACCAACGGAACUCGGCAAUGAUGUAUAUCCAAGAAGCCAUUGCUGGGGUUCGUGUAUUGCGACUAGAUGAGGGCGCUUAUGAUAGGGAGGAUGAUAUAAUUUCGAACAAGACUUUGGUGUUUCCUUUAAUUUGGGUAUCGGAGAGAGGUUAUGCUUUGCACUUGGGUCUCUCGCCUUCAUAUAGCGAGCUGCCCACAAUACCCGAACUGGAAAGCGAUGAGGUUGCCGAUGUGGAUGCUCAUGGUUUGCUGGAGUUGGUUAAGUUGUUUAUUGCAUUUGAUCGUAUCUCAGUACGUCGCAGCUCGCGGGUAGGGAUCACUGUCGCGGCAGACUUGACGGAGACAGAGAAAAGACUCACUUCUUUGUGCUUUACUAUGGCCGACCGCGUUUCAACCAGAACCGCUGAUUACCACAUCACGCGAGAGUGGAUGAGAACGAUUCUCUGGCAGGACGCGCUGUCGAUGGGCUUGCUGUCUUCUUCAGCCCAUACCUCUGUCAUGAAAUUUGGUUAUCCUGCGCAAGUUGGUCGUGACUUGCUGCAGGCAUUGAGAAGAUUCCGUGACACGGAUUUGGUACCGCUGGGGCGGGACCAGUUGUUGAAAUGCUUUGAAGUUGCAAAUUCACUUGCCGAUACCAUUCUUUUGACCUUGUCAGGGGCAGGCUCGCGACUGGAAUUAGGACCACAGGACUUUUUGCACGCGCUUUAUCAGAAGAUCACCCCAUUUUUAGAUCAGGACGAAAUGCUGAAGUCGAUCCUUCGAGCAAAGACUGCGGAAGCUCUAGUCACAGCCCCGGCCAGGCUGUUGACAGUGGAGGCAAGUGUUGUGGACCUGCACUCUAGACAUGAGCCCGUGCCGGUUGUUGUGUCGGAAAAUAUCUUAUAUGGAGUCAUUGAUGAACAGAAUGAGUCGUCCACAAACAGCUUUGAUUGGCUAUCACAACUGAAUCAGCAGAUAUUCUAA